UACCUUAUUGUUAGCGGUCGCCACUUACGAUUUCCCACAACUCUAGAGCCGGCGCGUGGUACCUAACAACCCAAGAUACCGCCGCCGAGGAUAGCGCUAAGCGCCUGAAGCAUCUGCGUACAUUCCGUGCUAUCAGGACUUGACCUACUAGACGUAUCGUCUUCAAAUCGCUCAAAGCGUCCAAGUGAAGGAAGAGCCCUAAUGGAUUCAGCACCUGAACCCGUUGAUGCGGCCGUUGUUGUCGACCCAGCCGUCGACACCGGCGCCGAUGAACCGCCCACCAAGAAGCUAAGGCCCUCCAGCCAGCCGCCUGCUGCGGGCGUCGCUGGUGGACCUCUGGAGCCCGGCAUCGUAUGUGAGACUGUCAUGGCGGCCGCGCCCAGCUUGCACGAGCAGUAUCAGGCCGCUGUGCCGUACAAGCACUGCGUCAUGAAGCAGCUCUUCAGCUCAGACCUGCUGCGUCAGGUUCGUGACGAAAUAAUCAACAACAUUAACGCGACCUACAAGGAGACCGACCUGUUCAAGGUCUUCCAGACUGGCGAUCUGGGUAACCUGGACUCGCUGGACCCCCAGGCGGCCUCCAAGCUGCCGGGGCUCAUGCGGCUCAAGAAGGCGCUGUACAGUGACGACUUCCGUGCCUUCGUGACCACCGUCACGGGCUGCGGCGACCUCUCCCCCCGCACCGACUGCUCUUGCAAUGUGUACGCGUACGGCGGCCACCUGCUGUGCCACGAUGACGUCAUCGCCACGCGGCGAGUGUCGUACAUCAUCUACCUGACCGACCCAGAUGACCCGUGGGUCGAGGCGGAUGGCGGCGCACUGGAGCUCUUCCCGCUCGUCGAGGGUCAGGAGCACACCCCCGCCCCCGACCCCACCCUGGCCCACCUGCCCUCCUUCAACACUAUGGCCAUGUUCACCGUGACACCAGGUGUGAGCUUCCACAGCGUGCAGGAGGUGUUCUCGCCCGACAAGCCGCGCAUGUCCAUCAGCGGCUGGUACCACGCGGCCGCACCGCCGCAGGACGCGGACAAGGCCUCACUGAAGCAGCUGCAGAUGCGCGCGGGGGAGGACGCGGCGGGAGGACAUGAGCCGGUGCAGGGCGGCGAGGGCCCCCUCUCCGACGACGACCUGGCGCUCCUGGUACGCUACGUGAACCCGGUCUACCUGGCGGAGGCCUCCUGGCCCAAGAUCCGGGAGCGGUUCGCGGAGGAGGGGUCGGUGCAGCUGCACAACUUCCUCAAGAGGGGGCUGGCGGAGCAGAUCAUGGCUGCCUGUGUGGCGGAGGACAAGGCUGACAAGCUGGGUAACAAGCAGCUGCCCGCGUACCCGGCGGGGGUGAGAGACGGAUGGGCACCCGUGGGUCCCCCCCACAAGCAGCGCUACCUGCGCUACAGCCCCCCCACCACCAUUGCCGGGGGCGAGGCGCCGCCCGCAGCAGCAGCCACCUCCGAGGGAGCCGCUGCAGGCGCCGGCUCCCUGCUGCACACCGUGCGCCGGGAGUUGCUGGGCAGCGGCGCCUUCUGCCGCCUGCUCAAAGCCAUCACCAGCGUCACCAUGCUGGGGCAGACGGGGGAGGUGCGGAGGUUCAGGCCGGGUAUGGACUACACCGUCGCCCACUACGGCAUCCUCACCACCGACCCGCGCCUGGAUGUGGUGCUUACCUUUGUGGAUGACGCGACGGAUGAGGCUGCGGCGGCAUGGCAGGCGGGUGAGGUGGGCGGCUUCGAGGCCUACCUGCUAGCGGACGAGGAGGACGCAGCGGAGGUGUACCGAGUCAACGCUGACGCCGAGGAGAGCGGUGUGCUCAAUGUGAACGCCGCCGCCAACACACUCAACCUUGUGCUGCGCGACGAGGGGCUCAUGCGGUUCGUGAAGUACGUCAGCUUCGCGGCGCCGGGGAGCAGGUGGGAUGUGGCAAUGGAGUAUGUGCCUGAGGACGAUGAUGACGAAGAGGGUGAGGGUGAGGGCAAGGAGGGUGAGAAGAAGGAGGAGGCGAAGGCGGAUGAGUGAGGAAGCAGCUUCAGCGGGCCGGUGGGGGUUCCCCCAAGGAUGCCUAGCCCUGUCAGAAGCAGCAGCAGCGUUGCUUGAAGGGAGAAACUUUAAACCGGGGUUGUGGGAGGUGCCAUGCGGUGGGUGUUAUGUUGGGUGGGGGUUGCAUGUUGUACAAACCGUAUGUUGUGUUUGUUGUGUGAGGGGCGGGGGGGGGAGAUGAGAGGCUGCAAUACCGCGCGGAAUGGACGGCUCCUGUUUUGCUUCUUUGACGGUCAUUGUCAUGGUCGUCAUGAGAGACGCGUGCCUUUUGUUGGUACGGCUUUGUCUGUCUGACGCUGUUUGGACCUGUUGGGACAUUGACACGUGUGUUUGCGAUUGCUUGUUUGUGUGUUUAGAGGUGUACUGAACACUUUGGCGGAUGGGUUGCCAUGGAUAUCCGUGGAGAUGUCUUGUGGGGUGGCAAUGAUGAGGGGUCGGGCUAUGCAAGGAAGACUCAGCCUCGGUCACAUACCAUCAUGUGACGCCGUGGAAUGCAAUACUUGUUUUCAGGCGCACUUGGGUCAUA